CCAGCAGAAGGCGCAGCCAUGAAUCCGUUAUUCGGCCCCAACCUCUUCCUCCUGCAGCAGGAGCAGCAGGGCCUGGCCGCGCCGCUGGGGGACCCUCUGGGAGGCGACCAGUUCCCCGGGGGUGGGGACUUGGCCCCGGCGCCGCUCGCCCCGGCCAGCCCCACCGCCUACUCGCCGCCCGGACCGGGCCCGGCGCCCCCCGCAGCCAUGGCACUCCGCAACGACCUGGGCUCCAACAUCAACGUGCUCAAGACCCUGAACCUCCGGUUCCGCUGCUUCCUGGCCAAGGUGCACGAGCUGGAGCGCCGGAACCGGCUGCUGGAGAAGCAGCUGCAGCAGGCGCUGGAGGAGGGUAAGCAGGGCCGGCGGGGCCCGGCUCGCCGCGACCAGGCCGUGCAGACCGGCUUCGUCAGCCCCAUCCGGCCCCUGGGGCUGCCGCUGGGCGCCCGGCCGGCCGCCGUCUGCGCCCCGUCGGCUCGGGUGCCGGGGUCGCCCGCGCGCUCGCCCGCCGGCCCCCUCGCGCCCUCCGCGGCCUGCCACUCGUCGCCCUCCGCCGCCUGCUCCUCCGCGGCCCGCUUCAUGCCCGGCACCAUCUGGUCCUUCUCGCACGCCCGCCGGCUCGGGCCGGGACUGGAGCCCACUCUGGUGCAAGGGCCGGGCCUGUCUUGGGUGCACCCCGAUGGGGUGGGCGUCCAGAUCGACACCAUCACCCCCGAGAUCCGCGCUCUCUACAACGUGCUGGCCAAAGUGAAGCGGGAGCGGGACGAGUACAAGCGGAGGUGGGAAGAGGAGUACGUGGUGCGGACGCAGCUGCAAGAACGCGUGAAUGAACUGCAGGAGGAAGCUCAAGAGGCCGAGGCCUGCCAAGAAGAGCUGGCGAUGAAGGUGGAACAAUUGAAAGCUGAGCUUGUUGUCUUCAAGGGGCUCAUGAGCAAUAACCUGUCAGAGCUGGACACCAAGAUCCAGGAAAAGGCCAUGAAAGUAGACAUGGACAUCUGCCGCCGCAUCGACAUCACCGCCAAACUAUGCGACGUGGCCCAGCAGCGCAACUGUGAGGACGUGAUCCAGAUGUUCCAGGUCCCAUCCAUGGGGGGGCGGAAGCGGGAGCGCAAGGCUGCCGUCGAGGAGGACCCCUCCCUGUCGGAGAGUGACGGGGCCCGCCAGCCUGACGGCGACGAGGAGGACAGCGCGGCCCUGACCAUCAACGAGGAGAUGCAGCGCAUGCUGAACCAGCUGAGAGAGUAUGACUUUGAGGACGACUGUGACAGCCUGACUUGGGAGGAAACUGAGGAGACCCUGCUGCUUUGGGAGGACUUCUCAGGCUACGCCAUGGCAGCUGCAGAGGCCCAGGGAGAGGUACCCGUCCUCCCAGCUCAGGCCCCUGGGCUCUGCCUCUCCAGCUCGCAGGAAGACAGUUUAGAGAAGGUGAUUAAAGACACCGAGUCCCUGUUCAAAACCCGGGAGAAAGAAUAUCAGGAAACCAUUGACCAGAUAGAGCUGGAGCUGGCCACAGCCAAGAACGACAUGAACCGGCAUCUGCACGAGUACAUGGAGAUGUGCAGCAUGAAGCGAGGCCUGGACGUGCAGAUGGAGACCUGCCGCCGGCUCAUCACCCAGUCGGGAGACCGAAAGUCUCCUGCUUUCACUGCGGUCCCACUCAGCGACCCACCGCCACCAAGUGAGACUGAGGACUCCGACCGAGAUGUCUCAUCUGAUAGCUCCAUGAGAUAGGGCCUAUCUCCACCGGGCUCCGCGAGGCCUCACACUGCUGGGAACUCACAGAGGCCAAGGGUGGGGCUUUGCAGAGGGGACCGUCACUUGUACCACCCACGGCACCAAGCCUGGCCCCCAGGGCUGGGGCGCUCCUCCCUUGCACUUCUUCCCUCAGUCCUCAGCCUCUCCAGGGUUCUGGGGUGUCUGGAGCUAGGCUUGGCCCUGCCCUUCCUGGGCGACUCCCACCAGCUGGGGCUCUCCUGCCUUCAUGCGUGGGUGUCUGCUAUUUCCCCUCCUUUAAAAUGCUGCCAGAGCGAUCGUGGCGCCUUACCCGCUCCAUCGUGUAAGGAGUGUGACUGUGGGAGCUUCCGUCCGUCCCUGUGCUCUAGAACCAGCUCACUGUCUGAUCUGUGCUGGUGCUAACUGGCCCAGGCACUGGUAUGGGGAGGGAAUGCAGCUGGAGGUCCGCAAUGGCUCCCGUAGCACCUGCAGCUGAGAGGGCCUCCUUGGUACAGGUAGCUGUCCAUGACAGGCGCUCUGCCCUGCACUGUUGUCCACGUGCUCACGGCUGUCCGUCUGCCGACUGUGCAGUGUAUGUGGCUGUAGCCCUUCCCUCGAGGCGGUGCCAUGCAUUAAAGGGGCCCCAGUGCCAGGACUGGCUACAGGAUCCUGAAGGGAAGUGGAAGCUGUCGCUCGUCUCCCAGUCCCUGCUGAGUGACAGAGAAGGCAAAGCUGCUUGUGUGUGUGCACGUGGGUGCAUGCGUGCCUGUGUGCUCAGGGUCUCAGUUUCUUCAAGUAUCAGCUGAAAGUGUGCCUCCUCUGUGUCAAAGCCAUACACCGAGACCAGCAGGCUGACAGAUGUCCCUGACCUUGGAAAAGCUUGGAGACACUGGGGAGACACGAUCCAGAAUACCUCAGUGUAGGAGGCUGUGCUGAGCUGACAUUUGGAUUCUUUAAUAAUAAUGAAACU